CAGUUCUCUUGCAACAAAGCUCUGAGGAAGGGUUACUUAAGUCUGGAGCGGCGGGACCGGCCGCAGAACGCACCCUCCUCAGAACAGCCCAGAGCCCUGGGCCCUCUGCUCCCCAGGGACAUGGGGUGCCACACGAGCAAGAGCAGCAAGGUGGUGGGGGAGUCCCAGAAGCCCGGAGAACAGCCCGAGGGAGAAGAGCCAAAUCCGGAGGCAGGCGCUGAGGCGGCAGAUGGCAAAGAUAUCUCACUGAAGGAUGGGGGCCCUGCGCCCAAGAGCUGAGCUGCUUUCCUCUGGAGUCAGUCCGGACCCUCUCUGCAUUCCGGGAACCGCCUUUGGCCAAGGACGCCCGAGACAAGCCCAGUCCUGAGAACCUCCAAACAGAAGGAGGGAGAAAUCUCUGCUUCCAGCACGUACCCUCCUCAGGCUUUGCUCUUUGGAGCUGUGAGGAAUCCUAUUUCCCUGGGCUUCCGUGGAAAGGACAGAAGGAGCCUUCACCCGACGUCGUGGGACUUUCGCACAGCUUCUGGAGAUGGGCGAGCCCCGUGGUGGGCUGUUCUGGCUCCGGGGAAGAACCGGGUGCUGCUGAGCUGUGACUGUCCAGGGACACCCCCCCCCUCCCCCAGCCGCCUGCCUCACCUUCUGACCUCCCCUAACGCCCACUGGGCCGUGCGGGUGUCGGUUUGCUCUCUUCCUCUCCUUUUUCCCAAGAGCUCACCGAAGAGCCAACAUCCCUAGCAGGGACGUUUUCCUUUGGCUCGCUCCACACUGUCGGUAUGAAUAAUUUAAUAUUUCACUGGGAGAAAUGUUAAUGAAUUAUGGGAACAAUCAGGAUCAGGCGGUGAUGGGAGCAAAUGGAAGGCAAAUGGGCCUGGUCAUCCCGGAAGGGGAGCCUUGGGCGCUAGUUGGAAGGAAGGCAGAGGGUGCCUGUUCUGGUUUUCUAGUCCCCCCCCCCCAAAAAAAAUGCCCCCUCUGCCGUUAUCCCUGAGUCUCCUCAUAUCAAAAGUCUGUCAAUUUGGACCCUCUGGCGUCUGAGCUCUCUGAAUCCAGCCCUCAAAAAUAUUUCGCUGUUUACUAACAUGCCUGUCAGCCUUUCUUCCUCACCCACCCUCCCCGCCACACCAACCCCGCGUGUGAAUUAAAAUCUUGUUUUUAAUUCGAAA